AUGCUUCAUCUGAAGAGUCUUUCUCUCAGUUGCGUGAUAGCAUGGCUUCUCGGAUCUUCAGGCGCCGAAGCCGGCGCCGCGGUGACAAGAGAGACCAGCCCUGUCUCCAAUAAACUCUUCAACUCCCUCGAGGAGUUGUCCCGACUAGUCGACAUAUCCUACUGCGUAGGCACGACGGGUGUGAAGAAGCCAUUCCAGUGUCUGAGUCACUGCGCCGAAUUUCCAAACCUGGAACUCAUCGAGACGUGGAAUACUGGCAUUCUGCUCUCCGACUCUUGCGGCUAUAUCGCUUUAUCGCAUCCACCCGGUCCCAAGCGCAUCGUCGUCGCUUUCCGGGGAACUUAUUCGAUCACAAAUACCAUCAUUGAUCUUUCCGCAUACCCGCAAUCGUACAUUCCUUAUAAUGGUCACGAGGACGAAGAUGAGAACAAAAAGCACAGCAACAAAGAUAACAACCAAGACAAGCUUGACAACCACUCUCAAACCAACUACGAUACCUCCCAGAUCCAAAAACAAUCAAAUCCAGAAACCCAGACUAUCCGCUGCAACAACUGCACCGUGCACGCCGGAUUCAUGAAAUCGUGGCUCCAUACCCGAUCCGCAAUUCUACCCACGGUCUUCCACGCCAUCCAGCAAUACCCCGACUAUGAAAUCACUCUUGUAGGCCACUCCCUCGGCGGGGCCGUCGCCACUCUCGCCGGUCUUGAAAUGCGCCUGAAAGGCUGGAACCCGCUCAUCACUACCUUCGGCGCACCAAUGGUCGGAAACGCCGCAUUCGCAACGUUUCUCGACAAGACAUUCCACAUUGGCAACUAUACUCGUGCCGGACAGAAUGUCGAGGACCAGCGGAUUCGUCGCGUCACCCACAUAGAGGAUCCCGUUCCUCUCCUGCCGUUGCGAGAGUGGGGGUAUGCGCCGCAUGCUGCGGAGAUUUUCAUCGCCAAGGCUGCGCUUCCUCCCGGUCCGGAGGAUGUGCGGAUCUGCGAAGGCGACGAGGACACGAGGUGUAUUGCCGGGGCGGGGAUGUCUGCGAAUUCAUUGCAGGAUGGUCUUUUAGACGUGGUGAUUUCUGCCGAGUCGGAGAAUGCCGCCAUGGACAACACUUGUUUGUCUGAUGUGGAAGACGCAGAUAGCAAGCUUCGAGGAGCGAGUGAUGCUCAGCAGGUCAUAUUGAGCAAACACCAACGACGUCGAAAAGGUCAAUGCGAGACCCUCGUCCAAGAAAAGACCGCGCCGCUGUAUCCGCGAUCUUGGAAUUGGGACGUGAUUCCGGCGCGGUAUAGACUCUGGGAGCUCUUUUUCGCUCAUCGAGACUAUUUCUGGCGCAUUGGGCUGUGCAUGCCGAGCGGGAAUCUCUUUGAAUAA